AUGGAUGUUCGAUUCGUUCUUUCUAGGUUUGAUGCCUACGCGUUAGUUCGUUAUUAUUGUGGUUUUGGACGAAAUGAUGAUGAUUUUGUCGAUCGUUUGUCUCGCCACUAUACUAACAAGGGAAUCUUCCCAGUACAAUUUGUUGGUAAACCUAUUUCAUGUUGGACACCAGCAUCAUUCACCGAUUCUCAUAUAACCUAUGCUGAUUUUAUUUGUUGGAUUUCAAGUACGUAUUAUGUAUCGACUGAAUCUGAAAUACCCUUACCAGAUGAACAACGUGAACAUUCCAUUGUAUUCUAUCAAUAUAUUCCAUUCUUACUCAUGUUACAAGCAUUUGGUUUUUUCUUUCCGGGAUUUUUGUGGCGAUCAUUAUCAAAAAAAAUUGGUUUUUCAAUUCAAAAUUAUAUUGAUAGUUUAAAUUUAAGUCGUACACUAUUAAUUGAAUCACCAAAUUUUCGUCGUCAAUUUGUACAUAAUGUUGCUAUUCGUCUUGAUCAAUGUUUUCGUUUAAAACAUGAAAAAACACAGAUAAAAAAAGUAUUUUUAUUACGAUUACCCAAAUUAACAGUUUUAUAUUUAUCUAUAAAACUUAUUUAUUUAUCUAAUAUUCUUCUUCAAUUGUUUACAUUACAUUAUCUAAUGAAAUUUCGUCUAUCAUUAUCGUCUCUCUCUCAACAAUUGUUCAUUCAUAGUACUAAUUAUCGCCAUGAUUCACUUCAAUUUCCUACCAAUGUCCUAUGUGAUUUUAUUGUUCGAUUUCUUGGUAAAAAUACUCAUCGUCACACUGUGCAGUGUGUGUUACCUGUGAAUGUCUUUAAUGAAAAAAUAUUUACAUUCUCCUAUUUAUGGUUAAUAAUGAUGAUGUUGUUUUCCAUCUAUAAUUUGAUGUUUCAAUGGUCAUUCUAUUUGAUUAACAAAUAUGAUUUUAUCAACGAUUAUUUGAUGUUUCAAAAGAAAAAGAAAGCAAAUAAAUUCAAAAAAUUAACAACUGAAUUCACAUCAACAUCGUUAAUGAGCAGUAAUAAUAAUCAUGGUUUAGAUGAGAAGAUGAAUGAAAAACUAUUGAUAAAAAAUUUCAAUGAACACUAUUUGAAAACAGAUGGCAUUGUUCUAUUAAGAUUAUUAAAAAUUAAUACCGAUAUUGUAACGACAGGUGAUCUUCUCGACGAUAUUUGGGAUUUAUACAAAAUACAGCCUGUAUAA